GGGCGGGGCCGCUCCGCCCGCGCCGCUCGGCGGGGACAAAGCGCGGCGCCGAGCGGGGGCCAUGUCGUCCGCAGGCGGCCGCCAGCCCAGCCAGAGCCGGGCCAUCCCCACCCGCACCGUCACGCUCAGCGACGCCGCGCAGCUCCCCGCCGACUACUGCACCACCCCCGGCGGGACGCUCUUCUCCACCACGCCGGGAGGCACCCGGAUCAUCUACGACCGCAAGUUCCUGCUGGACCGCCGCAACUCCCCCAUGGCCAAGACCCCGCCUUGUCACCUCCCCAAUAUUCCCGGCGUCACCAGCCCCGGCGAGCCCGCCGAGGAGCCCAAAGCGGACACCAACAGCUUGAACCACCAGGAGGGCAAGCCAUCCAUGGGGGACGAUGCUCAGUUCGAGAUGGAUAUCUGAGCGGGAACCACGGAGAGGCAGCGACUCCCCAGACCUGUGCACCCCCAUUCGGCUUAGCAGGAUCCGUCCCGGCGAGGUGGAGGUGGCAGUGGUCCCCACCAGCGUCCCCUCCCCGCCCUCCUCCUCCCCCUCUUUUCGGGGGGGAGUGCAGCUCUGUCUUGUCCCCCUCUGCGGGUGACCGGUCCCAGCAUGUGCCAGACGGAGCAUCCCUUCUGGAUCCGGCCCUGUUCCUCCUCUUCCACCUGCCAGCAGCCUGAUCUCCACCAGGCUUCUUUUUAAAACAUCCCUUUGCCUCUUC